AUGGCGCCCAAUACACCCGCGGGGCGACCCGGAACGCUUACGCCCGAGCAAGAGGGGAAGUUGCGCGAGCUGUGGGCAGCGACUAUGAAGGUGUUUGGGGCUCUCGAUGAGGAGGCCAACGGCGUGGAAGUGGCAUCACUGGCCACGACCAGCGAGACAAUAGAGAAAGACGGCAAGAAAGAGAAGAAAAAGAGUAGGCUUCAUGUCUUCAGGCGGAACAAGGGCGACAAGGGAGAUUCGGAGACUGCGUCUGGUGCAUCGACGACUUCGACUUCAACUCCGGAUAUCAGUAGAAUUUCGCUAGAGGACGAUAAGCACGGACAGAACAAGGAGUUCAGGGACGCGAUCGCGAAUACUGCACCGGAGGAUCUACGCAAGGCAUUUUGGAGCAUGGUGAAGCUGGACCAUCCAGAUGCGCUCUUGCUUCGGUUCUUGCGGGCGAGGAAGUGGGAUGUUGAGAAGGCGCUCGUGAUGAUGAUCUCGACGAUGCACUGGCGGCUGGAACAAAUGCAUGUCGACGACGAUAUCAUGAAGAACGGCGAGGAAGCAGCACUGAAAGAAAGCAAGAGUGGAGACCCUAAGGUCAAGAAGGAAGGAGAAGAUUUCCUCGCACAGCUUCGGAUGGGCAAGAGUUAUCUCCACGGCUUAGACACCGAGGGCAGACCCAUGUGUAUAGUGCGCGCGCGGUUACACCGCGCAGGUGAACAAUCGGAAGCCAGCCUCGAGCGGUACACUGUCUACACCAUCGAGACGGCGCGUCUGCUCCUUCGCCCACCGAUUGACACGGCGACCAUUGUCUUCGACAUGACCGACUUCUCAAUGGCCAACAUGGACUAUGCCCCGGUCAAAUUCAUGAUCAAGUGCUUCGAGGCGAACUACCCCGAGUCCCUCGGCACCGUGCUCGUCUACAAAGCCCCCUGGAUCUUCAACGCCAUCUGGAACGUCAUCAAGGGCUGGCUCGACCCCGUUGUCGCUGGAAAAGUACACUUCGCCAAGAACGUAAAUGAGCUCGAGAAAUUCGUCCCCAAGAGUCAGAUCCCGAAGGAGCUCGAUGGGGAAGAUCCGUACAUAUACUCCUACGUUGAGCCAGUGGAGGGCGAGAACGCCAGGGACCAGGCGCCCAGAUCUGCGCUUGAGACAGAAAGACAGGAGCUGGUGACUAAAUACGAAGAAAGUAUUCUUGAAUGGAUGGCAGAGGCCGAAGCAGUCAAGACGCUUGAAGAAAGGAGAAAGGAGAGGGAUGCCGUUGCGGAGCGUUUGCGCGCGAAUUACUGGAAGCUGGAUCCGUACGUUAGGGCGAAGUCGCUGUAUGAUCGGAUAGGCCUGGUGGGGGAGGGCGGAAAGCUAAGUUUCUAUCCGGAGAGGGAGAGGGGGAGUGUCAAGCCGGCUGUGGAGACGAGUGCGGAUGACCUUGACUAA